AGGUACACACCAUUCUUGUCUCCUCCCAAAGCUUCAUCUCUCUCUUUAUCCCUACUACUAUACUUAUUAAAAAAGAUAAAAAAAAAAAAAAGAAAAUUACGCCUCGUUCUUCUCCCUCUGUCUCUCUCUCUCUUCUCUCUUCUGAGCUUUUUUUGGCUCUAGCUUUCUUCCUCCCAUGGCAACUAUCUCUCAAGUCAUUAUCUAACUUUUUUGUUACUUGUUUUUUCUAAUCACUAGCUACUUCUUUAUUAUGGAUAUUGGUGUUCAUAUUCUUGGGUCGGUUACUAGUAACGAAACACCGGGUCAGAAACAAGAACUCAGAGUAGGUACUAAACAAGACAGAUCCGGAUUCAACGGUGAUGAUUACUUGCAACAACGAAGCUUGAAGCUAGCUCGAACUACAACUACUAGAGAGGAAGAAGAAAAAGAAGAAGAUAACUUGUCUUCUUCUUCUUCUUUUGCUGCUUCUUACUGCAAAACGAUGCCGUUUCACCAAGGCAUUCCUCUGUUGAGAUCUGCUUCUCCUCUUUCCUCCUCUGAUUCUCGCCGGCAAGAACAUAUGCUUAGCUUCUCAGACAAACCAGAAGCUCUUGAUUUCACUAAAUAUGUCGGUUUGGAUAAUGGUAACAAGAGCUCUCUCUCCCCGUUUCUUCACCAGAUUCCUCCACCUUCCUACUUUAGAAACUCAGGAGGAGGAUAUGGUUCUGGUGGUAUGAUGAUGAACAUGAGCAUGCAAGGGAACUUCACAAGUGUUAAAGGUCCUUUUACAUUGACUCAAUGGGCUGAGUUAGAUGAUUUGUUGUCAAUGAUCGGAUGGGGAACUUUCCAUCUAGGUUUCGCAGGAGGGAACAUGGAUCCUGAGCCAGGGAGAUGCCGUAGAACAGAUGGGAAGAAAUGGCGGUGCUCAAGAGACGCUGUUCCUGAUCAGAAAUACUGUGAAAGACACAUCAACAGAGGCCGUCAUCGUUCAAGAAAGCCUGUGGAAGUCCAAUCUGGCCAAACCGCCACUGCCACUGCUGCGUCCAAAGCGGUUACAACAACACCGCAACAACAGCCUGUGGUCACUGGUAAUAGUAACAGGCGUGCAUCAAAUAGUAACUGCAGCCUCGUCAUUGGAGGUGGUCAAUAUAUCAAUGAGUCUCUACCUAACAACAACAGAGUUCGAAAUCCGCAUAUAUAUCCUUCCACCGUCAACUUACAACCCAAGGAAUCUCCUGUUAUUCAUCAGAAACACAGAAACAAUAACAACAACAACAACAAUAACCCUUUUGAGUUUGGACACAUAUCCUCUGAUUCGCUACUCAACCCUAAUGCGGAUACCGCAAAGACCUAUGGAUCAUCGUACUUGGAUUUCAGCAGCAACCAAGACAAGUAUUCAGGGAAUCACAAUCACAACUCUUGGCCUCAAGAGCUGAAAUCAGAUUGGACACAGCUUUCAAUGUCAAUUCCAAUAGCAUCAUCAUCGUCUCCUUCCUCUUCACACAACAACAACAACAACAAUGCUCAAGACAAAACCACACUCUCGCCUCUCAGGCUAUCCCGCGAGAUUGAUCUUUCGAUCCAAACCGAGGAAACAACGAUGGAGCCAGCUGCCAAAAAGCACAACGAAUAG